UUCCACAAGCUUGUGUAACCAGAAGAACCAGAAGAAGAAGAAGAAGAGGAAGAAGACAAGGCAAGCAAACAGCACGAGCGCCACACCACAGCACCCCCCACGACGACGACCACCACCACCACUACCGCCUACCAUCAAGCCUUCGUGUACGUGCAACUGUGUGCAUACAUACACGUGCAUACGUACGCGACAGCAAAGGGCCUCUGAAGCGUUCCUCGUCGCGUAACGAAAGUUCACCGUCCAGAAUCGCAAGUUGCGCAAGUGGUGCAUCGGCGCUGGAUCUUGAGUGAUCCAGACACCCAAUUGCAACUGCGUCAGUGGUUCCUUCCUCUGUGAGCCGGAGUACGCGGCCAUUGAACCCUCUGCUUUGAUGGCGCGAGCAUUUACGGAAAUCCCUUACGAUGACAUCGAGUUCUUGGAACUUGUCGGCGGUGGCCGAUUUGGAUCAGUUUACAAAGCCAAGUGGCAUGACAAGAUAGUUGCUGUGAAGAAGACCCUCUGCUUUGACCAGGAGGCAAUGCUGCUGGCGUCUCUCCGGCAUCGAAACAUCAUCACAUUCUUUGGCGCGUGCACUGCAGCACCAAACAGUUUCCUGGUCACCGAGUACGCCGAGCACGGCUCCCUCUACAACUUCCUCGAAAACGUGGAGACGCUGGAGGUCCACCUGAUUCGCAACUGGCUGGUUGACAUUGCGCGCGGCCUCCGCUAUCUCCACCACGAGGCCCCGAAACGCAUCAUCCACAGGGAUCUGAAGAGCCUGAAUGUGCUCGUGUGCGAGGACGAGCGGGAGAAUCUCGUGCUGAAGAUUUGCGAUUUCGGGUCGAGUCGACAGGUCAGCCGCGACACCAAGUCUGUCACGUCAGCCGGCACCGUCAGCUGGAUGGCACCAGAGGUGAUUCGCAACGAGCACGUGACGGAGAAGUGCGACGUGUGGUCCUUUGGCGUCAUUGCCUGGGAGCUCGUCACUCUCGAGGUUCCGUAUGCGGGCAUGGAGCCGUACUCUGUUCUCUGGCUCGUCGCCAAGCACGGCAUGAGUCUUCACAUCCCACAGACGUGCCCAAGCAGGCUGUCUGAUCUGAUGAAGGUGUGCAUGGCCCAGAAUCCCUGCGACCGCCCGACAUUCGACACCAUCGUCCGCUUGCUCGACGACAUGCGAUCCGACGGUGCGAACGAUGAUGAUGAUGAUGAUGAUGAUGAUGAUGAUGAUGAUGAUGAUGAUGAUGAUGAUGAUGAUGAUGAUGAUGAUGAUGAUGAUGAUGAUGAUGAUGAUGAUGAUGAUUGUGGUGGUGGUGGUGGUGGUGGUGGUGGUGGCAAUGAUGAGAUGAUCGUGGCGGCGGCGGCGCUAUGCCGGGAGGCGGCGAUCCGACUGCGGGAAGAGGCGCUGCGCCUUCAACUCCACAGCGACAGUUUCAUCGCCAACCAGGUUGCCACGCCAAACACCCCGCACCAGGAUGCGCUCAUGUCCAAAUUCUCGUCAGAUGUGCCCGCACGCUACUGGAACACAGAGCAGGUGGUGGCGUGGGUGAGCGUGCUGCCCGACGGCCUGUCGCAGUAUGCGGACGUGUUUCGGGACAAUGCCAUCAACGGCGAAGUGCUCAUCAAACUCACGGACGAGGCGCUCAUGAACGCUCUUGGCAUGAAGCCGUUUGGACACAGGUUCCGGUUCCUUGAGCUGGUGCGCAACAUCCAGAAGUCGUCGGAGUUCCCGCCGCUGUCGUCAUUGGCCAACGACGAACCGAUUGUUGUCAACGAGGAUGUGAUUGUGUCGUUCAUCUACAUGUACAAACCAAACCCAGUCCGGGAAUCGUUUGAGUUUCUCCUGCGCCCAGAGCAGGAAAUCCACCUCGCCUACAUCCAGCAAGUUGAGUUUGUGCUGUCUGUGCCCACGCGGCCGGAGAAUGAGCUGCAGGUGUGUCGCAAUCCGCCCUUUGAGUACUCGGGAGCGUCGCCACCAGCGGGCGAGAGGGCAACGCUGAUGCUGCGCAUCACGUACCAGACCCGCCUCUUCCGCCGCAAGACAACAAAGCGCACAUUCUCCAUUGACGGCAACGCCAGGAUGGACACCUUCUCGGAACGCCUCCUCCCAAAGUUUGCCCACCUGCGCGUGCAGCCAGCUUCAUCCGCCCGCUCACAACAGCAGCAGGCACCCUCGUCGUCGUCGUCGCAGCAGCAGGCACUGGCAGCCAUGUCCACGGCAUCCAGUGCGUCCGACACAGCGACCACCCUCUCGCGCGCCACAUCGUCAACAGCGCCAAAGGUCCCGUCAUCGCCAGGGCCACGGCCAACAGGCGGGAUGGUGCUGCGCAACGACAACCCUUGGUUCAACGCUGCUGCCCGCCAGAGCCUCGCCUCAAACCCACCGCGUACGUCCUCCGUCAAGGGCAAAGGCAAAGGCAAGGGCAAAGGCAAGGCUGCCACCAUCCUUGUUGGGGCCCAGUACCCUGUCCUGCCUGGCCCUGGUGUUGGCGUCAACUACCAGCUGCGCCAGCGAUCAGACUCGGCCACAUCAACAACCAGCGCCGUCUCGUACCGCUCUGUCUCCCGUGAACCGUCAGCAACAUCGGCUGCACAGCGCACGCGCGCGCGCCGCGCAAGCAGCUCUGUUGUACCUGGCGGCGGCGGCGGCAGCAGCAGCAGCGGUUUCAACGGCAAUGGCGUCGCGACUGUCGGUGGUGGCGGCGGCAGCGGCAAGAAGCGCCAGCCCAUGUCACCAACGCAGGCACGGCGCGCUGCUGCUGCUGCUGCUGCCCAGACAACACCAGGCAGCAGGCGAGGUGGUGAGGUCAGGACGAAGAAGGGUGGCGGUGGUGGCAGUAACGGCACGCAAUUGCGGUCUGAGAGCAGCGGCGAGUGGCAGGUGGUGUCGCGCAAACUGCGACGCGGAACAAUGGACGGAACACAACAGAAGCGCGGCAGCGCAGGGAGUGUGAACAGCAACACCAGCGGUGGCGGCGGUGGCGGUGGUGGUGGCUCGUCCCGUCGUGGACGUGGGCAGCAGGGGCAGCAGAAGCAGAAGGGUCAGGGUACAGCGCGGAGCAACAGCAGCAAGCCAGGGAGGCGGAAAAAGAGAUAGCGACACUGAUGGCAAUCUGGCGUGAUGGAUGGUGCUUCGCAGGGGUGGUGUCGUGUCCGUUGUUACCAUACUGUUCGCGAUGUGAAGCAGUGCGUGAACGGUAACAAGUGUGCGUGCGUGAGCGUUACUUGUCGAUAGCGGGUGGUGGUGAUAAGACGAAUUUCGUUUGCCAUUUUGUUUGUUUGUUCACUUGUUUUAGAAGAAGAAUAAGUGAGAGUGAAGUGAAGUGAAGUGACACGCAGCACAUGUGUGUGUGUGUGUGUGUUGUGUAGGUUGUUGUGGUCGCUUUUCUUUUCAACCACGUGGCGUUCUGCUUGGCUCGUUGUUUUGGCUCGUUGUACUACCAUAUGCUUUCAUUUCGACUUUUAGGUUCAUUCUGUGUUUCGUUUGUGUGCGUGCGUGCGUGUGUGUGUACAUGCAAGUGGUUUGACUGUUGGAUGCGCAGAGUGCUGGGCGUUUAGUCGUCGGCUUUGUACACAUGUGUGGUGACCACAAGAGCCAGCACUAGAUAGAGAAAAUCAAACCACA